AUGGCGAAGGACAAAAAGAAGAAAUCAGCUGAGCAGAAGGCUGCAAAAGCCGCUAAGCAGACCAAGAAGACUUCGAAAGGUGAAAAGAAAGUCAAGGCCAAGAGUGCCGAUGCCGACAGUGAUGACGAAAACGUCGACCUCGAUGCAGUCCUUGCAGCAUAUGCUGAUCAACAAGCAAAGUUCUUGAAGGUUACAGAACAGCUAUGCGAACCGCCUUCGUCGCGAUCGAGCGCUACAUUCAUUGCAUCUCCCUCGAAUCGCAAUGAGCUGUUCUUGUAUGGUGGCGAGUAUUACGACGGCGUCACAGGCACUGCUCAAUUCUACAAUGAUCUGUUCGUUUAUCAGAUCAAUCAAGGUGAAUGGCGACAUGUGACUUCGCCAAACAGUCCUUUGCCUCGAUCCGGUCAUGCCUGGUGUCGUGGCGGCAAUACUGGGGGUAUCUACCUUUUUGGCGGUGAAUUCAGCAGUCCGAAGCAAGGCACAUUCUAUCACUACAACGAUUUCUGGUAUUUGGAUCCUGACACAAGAGAGUGGACGAGACUCGAAUCAAAAGGGAAGAAUAAGUCUCCUCCUGCACGAAGUGGCCAUCGCAUGACUUAUUGGAAGAACUUCGUCUUGCUGUUUGGUGGAUUUCAGGAUACAAGUCAGCAGACAAGGUAUCUACAAGACGUGUGGAUAUACGAUAUUCGUGAGAAUAUCUGGCAUGAGUUCAAAUUGCCUCCUGCAAGUCAAAAGCCCGAUGCUAGAUCGUCUUUCAGUUGGUUACCACAUGAAUCUGGCGCGGUGCUAUUUGGCGGAUACUCGCGUGUUAAAGCCACAAUCGGAGUGAAAGGACAGCAGAAGCAGGGUAAGACUGGUCCUCAGAGGAACGUGCUUAAGCCUAUGAUACAUGAAGACUCGUGGUUUCUGAGAGUCAGCCUACCCGCUGGGGAGGUACCGUCAGGAACGUGCCCGACACUGCGUUGGGAGAGACGAAAAAAGCCUGCAAAUGCGGUAAGUCCAGCACGAGCUGGUAUCACUAUGGCAUACCACAAGGGUCGUGGUGUUUUUUUUGGUGGUGUCCAUGACAAGGAGGAUACUGAGGAGAGUAUCGACUCGGAGUUCUUUAGGGAACUUUUCGUGUACAACAUCGAUCGAAACAGAAUGUUCCCUGUAACACUGAGAAGACCGAGGGCUAGCGCUAAGGUUAAAGCUGCAGCACAAAGAGUUCGCAACAGAGGCAAAGCUGAUGAAGAGGAGCUGCUAAAGAACCUGGCCGCUUUGGAAACGAAGGGCAAGAUCGGCGAGGAUGAUGAUGAAGAAAUGAUUGUCGAUAAGCAAGAGGACGAAGAGGAUAUCGACAAGAAGCAAUACCCUCUAAAGUUUGAAUUCCCACAUCCGCGGUUCAAUGCUCUCCUGGCUGUCCAGGAAGAUACGUUGUUCCUCUAUGGUGGCACGUUUGAGCGUAAGGAUGUCGAAGUCACAUUCUCAGAUCUUUAUGCUAUUGACCUCAACAAGCUAGAUGGUGUGAAGGAGCUAUACUACGUCGAGCCAGUGAACAUGAACGCGGUCCUGGAUGAGAGUGAAGAAGAAGUCGACGACGAUGACAUGGAUGUGGACGAGGACGAUUCCGAAGCAUCUGAAGCAGAAGAGAUCUCCUCAGUUGUUGAAUCAGUCGCAAACACAGAGAUCACUGAAGCUUCUUCUGUCAGUGUAGAGCCUCCAGAAGUCGAAACGGAGAAGCUCGCCUCCCAAGACCCAAGACCAUUUCCACGGCCAUUUGAAAGCCGAGCCGAGUUUUUCCGAAGAACGACAAACGAAUGGCAGAAAUAUGUGCUUGACUACGUUCGAGAUGCGGCAUUGCUAUCAAUCAAAGAGCUGCGUGAGAAGGCUUUUCAACAAGCAGAAGAGCGAUGGUGGGAUUGCAGAGAGGAGGUGCAAGCACUCGAAGAUGAGCAAGAAGCUGCCGGAAUUGGUGAUGUGGUUAGUCUUGCUGAUCGCGAGGUCGGUGGAGGUGGUAGGCGGCGGUAG